AUGAGUGGAGCGUCUGACAGUGGCGCGACAGCAGUGAAGGGUAACAAAGACGGAAUACCAUGCUGGAGCGGGGAAGCAGGGUCUUUCGUGGAGUACGAGGAGGCCGCCCUCCUGUGGGAGCAGUCUUUGACAUGGGAGAAGCGGUACACUGCUGGGCCGAGGCUAGUUCAGGAACUGUCUGGAGCGGCUCGCCGCUUUGUGGCAGGCCAGAGCGCAGGAUGGGUCGCCUACAGAGGCGGCGUGAAGGCGCUCAUGGACCACCUUCGCAAGGCACUGGGAAAGCCCCGCGUCAACGAGGUGACCGAUCUCCUGGCGUUGUACUUCAAGGGCACAAAGCGCAAGGCGAAUGAGAGUAUGAAUGAAUACAUCACCAGGAAGACGGAAGCCUAUAUGCGGGCGAGUCAGGCUUUGAAGCGGGCGAAGCAGCUACGAUACUAUGAGUGGAUGGGGCCGGCCACCGAGGAGCCGGGCACCAAUGAGACUGAGGCCUCCACCGAGGCCACCGCCAACCCGGAGACCGGAGACACCAGAGAUGAUCAGUGGCAGACAAGGUGGAACACCUGGGGCGCCUCAUCGUGGGGACGGUCACCCUGGGGUGGAUACGGCAGCUGGGGAUCACAACCCUGGCAGGGCUCUUCAUGGGGAGCCUCUUCUACUUCGUCUUCGCCCGCCCCCGGACUACCGGAUCUUCUCCCCUCCUUCAUCCAAGGCUGGUACCUCCUCGCGGACUCCAACCUCGACCACGCCGAGAAGAACAUUGUCCUCACCGCCUUGGGCGGGGACUUUGCGCCGCAAAAGGUGGCUCAGGAGCUCCGCAACCAAUUUCCUGAAGGGGAAGUUCGUCGCCGUGAUCAACGGCGAUACCAGAGCUACAUCGGCGAGGCCGUCGAGGACUCCGGUGACGAGGAGGCUAAGGACUACUCCUACGGGUUCUCCAUCGAGGAGCUGAGCGAGGGCGGCAUGAAUGAAGAGGGCAUCGCCUUGGUCGUGGACUACGAGGAGACUGCGAGGGAGGCUAUGGCAGCUCUCCACCAAGCAAAGCGGACAUUGAAGGAAGCUCGCCAGAAACAGCACUCCGUGAAGCAAAGUCGCAAGUACUACCAAGGCAAGCCUGGCCCUGCGACCUCUUCUACCUUCAAGCCACGAGACGAUUCGAACAUAGACUGCCUUCGAUGUGGACAACGAGGACACAGGGCAGCCAAUUGCCCCGUGAAACCAUUGGCAGCCCAGGCGGAGAACACCACCGGUGACAAUGGGGGCCCAGGACCCCAGCAGGCGCCCUUCGUGUGCUACCACGACAAGAUCCCCGAGGACUACGAGCACGUGAAUGGUUUCGCCCAGGGCCCCGAGACCGAGAGCGCCACCGAGGCAGCAUUGAGCAUCAUGGGUGCUGGUGCUGGCCUCACUACUCAGGAGGCAGUGAGCCAAGGACUGUGUGUCGUUGAUGGCGGAGCGACACAAACAGUCGGCAGCGUGGCAGCAGUGGAGGCGAUCUUGGCGAUGAAUAAGAAGAAGCAUGGCAGCAAUCGCCUGACGGCAGUGAGCACCUCAGAUCCUCCAACUUUUUCAUUUGGAAAUUCGACAGAAAACAAAUGCCUCAGCACAGCUUCCUUGAAGGUAUCGGCCGGAGGAAAUCCCGGCGAGCUGAGGAUCCACACGUUAGACCAUGGGCAAAGCCCAGUUUUGCUGAGUGUGGAGGCGCUCCGGAAUUUAGGAGCCAUCAUAGAUUUCAAGGCCGACUUGGUAGCCUUUCGCCAUCUUGAUGUGAACCGUAUCAUUCCCCUAGGCCGUAGCAAGACGGGUCAUCAGUUGCUGCCGCUGACUGACGACUGGAUGGCAAAUGCUUGUGCUACCACGAGGCCAGUUCCGAGCCUCACCGAAUUUCUGAGGGAACUGAAGUGGUUAGUGAGGGUUAUGGUGAGGGUGCCGUUGAUUAUGAACCUUCGGAUGUACCAGUGGGAACCAGAGGAUGGCAAGAUGAGCAUGUUCCGGAUUGCAGCGAUCCUGGCUCUGAAACAAGCUGUCCUGCAGGACCUCCCAAUCUUUCGUGCUGCCAUGGACAAAUUGACCAAGCCGGAGCUGAUUCUCCACCUCCGUGCCCUGGGAGAGACACCGCCCGAGGAGUGGACUCGUCUAGAACUUCGUCAGCGUCUGUCGGACCUAGCGGAUCAAGGCGAGGUGGCCAUCGAGACCUCCAAGACGAUGAAGACUCCGUUGCAGAACGCGGUGGCCGAGCUCAACCGCGCCAGCAGUCGCAAGGCAACGCUGGUGAACUACGUGCAAGAGACCUACGGCAUGAAGGUGGGAACCAACGACACCAUUGCUAUCAUCCAAAAGAAUUGCAUGUCGCACAUGAUCCGCACCAUCGAGGGGCACGACAACGAUCGCAUGGGGUUUGGGAAACACUCCCAGAAGACCUACCUCGAGGUUUUGGAGACCGACGAGAACUAUUGUCAGUGGGCCAAGCAGACGGCUACCGAGACCGGCUGCUCGAUCUACCUCCAGCGGUUCGUGACGUGGAUGAACAAUCGGGCAACUACGGAGGUCAAGAAGAAGUUGGUCAUCGCCAAGAAGAAGACUUCGAAGAUGGGCGAGGGCUAUCCCGAGAUCACGCCCAAGGCCAAGGCGAUCACUCCAAAACAUCAACCUUCCACGACGGCGAGUGCGAGCUCUACGGAUGUUGCGGUGGCUCAGUUGGCCCAGAUGGUGGCGACACUGACCGAAGAGGUGAAGUCGCUCAAGGAGGGCCAGCCCGAGAAGCCCCGCAAGGUGACGGUGCGCGAUCAGGACAUGCCGAACCAGGCACCAAAGGCUCAGGAUUGCAUUCAUUACCUCCAGGAGGGUUGGGUUCAGUACUUCGGUCACCCGCGAUGCUUGAGACUGGAUCCAGCUGGCGCUUUCAGAAGCGCCGCCAUCGAAGAGUGGUGUGACCGACACAACAUCUUUCUGGACAUAGUCCCAGGCGAAGCUCACUGGAAGAUCGGCACUUGCGAGAACGCAAUCAAAGGUGUUAAGACCCUUCUUGAUAAAUUGAGCCUACAGGAUGAUACUAUCACGCCACAAGAAGCUCUUGCAGAAGCAGUGGUGGUUUUCAACCAAAAGGAUCUGAUCCGUGGGUUCUCUCCGGCCCAGCACGUUUUGGGACAGGCGCCGGACAAUGCCGGGCGCUUCCAAUCGGGAUGCCAACAGGUGCCCCCAGGGCUGUUAGUGGAGGAUCCUGCGGGCGACUUCGAGAGAUCAGUCCAGAGACGCCUGGAGGCAGAAAAAUGUCUUCUGGAAUGGCAGGCUCGACAACGCCUGUCUCGGGCAACCAACUCGAAGCACAGGCCUUGCUACGACUACGUGCCCGGCGAGCUCGUCUACUACUGGAGGACUCAGGACUCCAAUAAGGGACGAAGACAGCCGGGUGGGAAGCAUGGUCGGUUCUUGGGCCCAGCCAGAGUAUUGGCUACAGAAUCACGCCGCGAUCCAUCAGGAGAUAUUUUGCCGGGAGGAGCCAUUUGGUUGGUUAAGGGUCGUAGUCUCUUGAAGUGCAGCCCAGAGCAACUGCGACGAGCCUCGGAACGCGAGGAAAUGAUCGAGACACUUGCCGCCAAGGAGGGGCAAGCUACACCUUGGACAUUUCAUUCUGUGGCAGCCAGCAUCGGAGGCAAUCGCUUUGAGGAUCUUACAGGAGACCUUCCCGAUCUCCGAGAGUGGAGGCGAGCACAGGACACCGAAGAAGAGGUCCAACCCAGCCGCUUCCGCAUACGGCAGAAGAGGCCAGCAGAAGGACUGCCAACCUCUCAAGGAGAGGAAGAUCCCGAGUUACUCCCAGAACAAGGCGAGGCACCGAGUUCAUCCCGGAGGCCACGCCUACAGGAGCCAGACGGUGAAAACCAAAUGGCUUGGUGGGCUACGAUCUCCGAGGACAAGUGGCCCCAACAGAGGGCCGGCUACUGGGACGAUAAGGCGGCCGCCGUCGCACUGGAGAUUAGCUUUCCGGAAACCCAGAGAGGUAUAAAGAAGGCUUUACAGGAUCUUCCAGCCUAUUUCGUGGGUAGCUUGAAACGACGCGCAAUCGAGCUUUCAGAAAAGAGAAUGACGCCAGAGGAACGCGAUGCUUUUAACAGCGCCAAGGCCGUGGAGGUCAAAAACUUUGUGGCUUCAAAAGCUUUCGAGGCUCUUCCAGACCACUUGAAACCAGCUAAGGCCAGAGCAGUGCUUUUGGGAUAUCAAGACGGAGAUGUCACAGGAGCUUUUCUUCAGAGUCGCCAGUAUCCAGACGAGUUGUUUUGCAUUCCGUGUCCAGAGAUCUGUCGUGCAUUAGACCUGCCGGAGGGCUCGGUAACUCGAGUCAAGAAAGCAUGCUACGGAUUGGUGGACGCGCCACUGGAGUGGUAUCGUUCAGUGGACCAAUUCCUUAAGAGCUUAGGCUUUCAAAGACUGUGGUCAGACUCUUGUUGCUGGGUUUUGAGAGAAAACGGGGAACUCAGGGGAAUCGUCAGUGGCCAUGUGGAUGAUUUCCUGUUUGGCGGAAAAGAUGGAGAUCCUUUGUGGGAGGCUAAGGUUCAGGCCAUCAAGGAUAGGUUUAAAUGGGGGGACUGGGAACAAAACAAGUUUACUCAGUGUGGUGUUGUUGUUGAGCAAACCUCUAGUGGCUUUGAGCUUUCCCAACCGCACUACCUUGAUAGUUUGCACGAGAUAGGAGUGAACGCCUCCCGAAAGAAAGACAAAUCCCAGCCCACAACCGACAAGGAGAAAAGCCAAUUGCGAGCACUCCUAGGAGGAAUCAGUUGGCACGCCCAACAGGUCGCGCCUUACCUGGCGGCAGAAGUAGGAUUACUCCUAACCGAAGUUACGAGGAGCAGCGUGGACACGAUCAUCCGGGCCAACAUGUUGCUGGCCGCCGCAAAGAGCAAGCAGCACUACCGCAUGAAGAUCCACGCCUUCGAUAAGGACCAGGAGUUGGUGCUCAUCGCGUGGGUCGACGCGGCGAAUGGCAACAGGAUGGAUGGAGGAUCCACCCAAGGGAUUCUGCUGGGAAUGAGCACGUCAGACAUGCUCAAGGGCAGUGUGCAGCCUGUCAGCCCAGUGGGCUGGCACUCGCAGCGGAUUGACAGGACCUGCCGGUCCCCAGGGGCCGCGGAGGCCCAAGCGGCCGUGAAUGGAGAAGACCACCUACAUGCUGCGCGAUACCAGUGGAGCGAGAUCUUGUACGGCGGGGUGAACCUGUCUGCCCCUGAUGAGACAGUCCGUAAGACCCGAGGGUGCGUGGUGACGGACAGCCGGAACGUCUACGACAAGUUGGAGACAGAGGUCAUGGUCAUCAAGGGCGCGGAGAAGCGGACAAGCCUGGAACUCCUAUCGCUGAAGGAGGCCCAGGCCAACACGAAUGUGUGCAUCAGAUGGGUGCAUAGCGAGGCGCAGUUGGCCAACACCUUGACGAAGAGCGGAGGAGGCCGAGAGCACGACCUCUUUGACAAGAUGGGCCACACCUGGCGCUUGGUGGAGGAUGAGAAGAUGAUGUCAGCUAGACGACGGAAGGAGAUUCGCGCCGAAGCUUUGCAGAGGAUCGAGAAAGGCUGCCCGGCGCUGCAGGCGCUUCGAGGCUUAGAGUUUCUGGGCGCCGGGCUUUCCGGGCACACCUUCGGGGCCCUCCAAGCCGCAGAUGCGUCCCUGGUAGUCGAUGCCAUGGUAGAGCCUGCUAUGAGCGCAGCUAUCAGCACAGCCUUCCACAAGCACGGCUGUUGCUGCGCCGUGCAGUUUGGGCCCCGGACCGUAGAGGACGCCGAGACCCCCCAAGCUGCCGAGGAAGAGAAGGCACCACGGGCAGUCCGUGUGAAUGGAUUUCAGCUCCUCGGCACCCUGCAACUGCAAGUUCAAGCCAGAGUGUCAGAGGAGCGCGAGUGGUGUAGAGAGGAUGCCUCCUUCAUUCUCGCACAGCAGACGCCAGCCGCCAGCACGCAAGGCCUUGGAGCCGCGAAGCUGAAGCCGCGAAGCGACUGUUUCCAGCCCGGAGUGCUGAGGCGAAGGCGAGGAAGCGAGGGCGGGCGCUUAAGCGAGAUUUGCACAGCGGGCUUCUUACUGGCGAGAGUCGACUCACAGAGCAGGUGA